AGUUAACUCGAGUCGUGCAACUUCGGUCAACUCCGAUUCAUCAAGGGACAAAAUCAAUUGGAAUUUUUCGCGCAAGGAAAAAUACAUUGAAUAUAUUGCGCAAAUAUAUACUACUACGAAGACGAAAAUAUGUUUGGGAAAGGAAAAUCGGUUCAACAUUCAGUUUUUCCGACCCACAAUGGAGUCCUGUCACACGCGGCUGCGUUUGUGGUCACCGUCGGUUUCGUGAUGUACACAUCCUCCGAUAGAAAGCAAGAAGGCUUGUCGCCAUUGGUCAAGACUAUCGUACAUUUCAUUCAUUUGUUUAGCUUUUCAACGUGGGUCGGAAUUCAGUUUUGGAUCCAUGUGUCAGGUACGAAAUUGCUCAUCAAUUAACAACAUCGAAAACUUCAUGAAAUUAGCUGCACUGUAAAAAUGUUUAAUUGGUGAAAUUGAACAUUUUGGAUUUGGCUAUGUAAUAAAAACCUUUUUUCCUCAGCUAUGCGGUAGGCCAUCAGCCAUAGACGUACUGUUCACUAUAGUGUAACUGUGAAAGAUUAUCUUUCAUAAAUAGUCUGAAAGUAUACACCAUUAUUUUGGUCAGUGUUUCAAUUUUUUUACCCCUAUUAGAGUAUACUGCAUGUGUAGUGCCAUACUAUUUUGAAAGGAGAAAUCCUGAAUAUAAGUCUAUAUAUGCAUGACAAUUUCGUUAUCAUUAGACAAUUUUUGAACGUACCAAUGUAAUAUUCUGCUCGGUCAAGGUCAGAAGGACAAAAUCACGGGUGACGCAUUCACCAAAACACUUUUGACUGACUGUCUUUUCUCGGAGAUGUAUUCAAUAACUGAUGACCUUGUCCUUGUGAGUUGCCCUUGAUAUUAAAAUAUUUGUUUCAAAUUAAGAAACACAAAACAGUUCGUCUAUCUGGAGUAAAAAACUAACAACCGAAACUAUAGCUUAUCUUUUCGGCAUUCCUUGUGAUUUUGUUACAGUAUACUUUCAUCAUCGUUUUCGGUCCUGAUUAUAAUUUACACAGUUUUGAAUUAAAGAUGCGGUACAGUCCGAUCUGCGCAUGUGCACAAAGGAGCCCUCUUUUUACUGAUUUACAAACAGUUUAUUUAGAUUUUUAUUUCGUUUUAUGUUCUUGCAAAGCUUGAUUGUUGUAUGUCUGUUGAUAAUUUAUUCGACUCUAGAAUCAUGAAAAUAUAAAUAGUUGUCGAAUAAAAUUCAUUAUUUUGGAUACCGAAAUGUAAACAAAUCUUUUGUUUACAUACGGAUUCAGUACCGCAUCUUUAAUGUUUAUUUUUUCUUUGUAUUUUCCCGCUAAAAUGUUGUCCCACUUCACUUGACUGUGAGUCCUACCUAGUGCAAGCAUGGGUCGUACGUUUCUCAUAUGAACAGAUUAACAGAAUUGAAUUUUAUUGAGCGUUUACAAAGGACAUGCUGCACAUGCACGCAGAUUUCACUAGCUCAGUUGAGGUUUCCCAGUAAACUAGGCUCAUAUAUGAGUGAAUAGGCACUAUUUUUGCACAAGUGACUGAUAACAAAUCGUAUUAGUUGAUUGGUCAAAUUUGACGUAUUAAGCUGUUAUUUUCAUCAUUCACCUACAGGUGAAUAUAACAAAACCGAAAUUUUCAAAAUGGCAGCUAGCUGUUUUGUGGAAGUUACUAUAAUAAAGAAAUAAGCGAAAUUAAAAUAAAUUCAGUCCCAAAAAACACAAAAGACUUGUAAAAAUACAAAAAACGUGUAAAAAUACUAAAACAAUUAUUCGCCUCAGGCUCGGUGUUCGUCUCGGUGAAUAUUCCCCGAUAAUCACCUCGCGCCUUCGGCGAAUAAUUGUUAAAUAUUCAUCAGUACUACCAAUUAUAGGUAUGAGUAUUAAAAAUGAAAUUUCUUUUGUAUUUUAGGCUUUACAAUGUACAAAACAUUAAAGAGGACAGCUUUUAUGGCAGUUCAAAAUAAGAUGUUCCCAAUGUAUUUCAUGGCAGGAUUUAUAACGAGUUCGGUCGCUUUACUAACACAUCUCCAUAUCAACUCCGUUAUCUCAUGGCAAAAUGACAGAAUUGCUUUCUAUCAGGUGAGAUAUGGUUAUGAUGUACUAUUAAGUAUAUACACGUUUACAAUAUUAUAUACUAAACUGACUACUGCGAAUAAACUUUUUCGCUUUUGCUAAUCAGUUUUUAUUCCCUCACUUUUUAGACUGUCGGAUUGAUGGUGUCGCUAAUGUGUUGCGUGUUAAAUCUCACAUACCUCGGUCCAGAAACCGUCCGUCUCGUAGAGCUCAGAGCGGCUCGUCUCCAGGUCCUGGGAAUCAAAGAUGGCGUCGGGCCAGUAUGUGUGAACCUCGUGAAGAACGAUGCAGAAUAUAUGUCGAUAAGAAAAUCGUUUUUAAUAAUGCAUGCAUUUUGUUCGUUCGUGAACCUUUUCUGUUACGGCGCUUGUGGUGUAAAUAUUUGGUGCUUGGCUAGCAAACAUACAUUGUUAUAAGACAUUAGGAUUCAGCACCAGACCAGACUAAUUAAAUUAAAUUAAAUUUAAUUUAUUAACUUUGCCAGAUUCAAAAACGUUAACACAAAAACUGGCAGGGCAAUGGCAGAAGCUUGCGCCAAUUGCCGCGAUCCCUACUAAAUGUUAGACAAAUAUAUACUAGGGCUCAUAGAAAAAAUCAACUAUAUAUUACUAACGAACUAUCAGAUUAGUUAAGGCCAUGUUACACGGUGCAAUUUUUCUUGCAACUUGCAAUGCAAUUCUACUCUUGAGAGAUGUAAAAUUGCCAAAUACGAGUCUUCAUUACACUCCGCUGAUGUUUUCUCAAAAUAUCGAAAAUUCUUCACUGAUUUCACUAAUUAACAUCUCUCAAGAGUAGAAUUGCAUUGCAAGUUGCAAGAAAAAUUGCACCGUGUAACAUGGCCUUUACUUUUCACAUUGCGACCCACUGGACCACUUUAAGUUGGUUCACUGUCGCCGACAAAUCGCGCGUAGUUUUUGACUACCGUCGACUGUUCGCCGAUGAAUUACGACAGCCGCGGUUCAACAGAAUCGACUCGAUUUGUCGGCGAUUUUGUGUCGGUUCAGUGACGGAUGCAAAUGAGUGAACUCGCGCACAAAAGUAUAUAGAGUCGCUUUUCAGAAGUGAAUAAUUUACAAUCAGUCUAAGCCGGUCUUUUGCAUGUCAUUUAUUCAAUCACAUCUGCCAAGAGGAGAAAAAUCGGCGACAGAACCAGGCUUAUAGGAAACGAUUAUAGAUUCUACAAAACAGAACAUUGAAUAGUGUAAAUAACAUGAUUGCAGUUUAUUUUAUAAUAAUCAGUAUUUAUAAAAACAUAGGUUUAA